GGUUCGUGUACUCGGGCAUGGGCAGUCAGUGGGCGGGCAUGGGCUCGGCGCUCAUGAAGCUCCCCGUGUUCGCCGAGACCAUCGAGCGCCUCCACGCCGUGCUGCAGCCGCGCGGGGUGGACCUCAAGGCCAUCCUGACUGAAACGGGGCCGACAGCAUUCGACAACAUCCUCAAGUCGUUCGUGGGCAUCACCGCCUGCCAGAUCGCGCUCACCAACGUGCUCACGGCCGUGGGUGUCGUCCCGGACGGCAUGGUGGGCCACUCCGUAGGCGAGCUGGGCUGUGCCUACGCCGACGGCUGCCUCACGGAGGAGCAGGCGAUCCUGGCCGCGUUUGCACGUGGCAAGGCCUCCAGCGCGGUCCCGCUCAUCAAGGGCAAGAUGGCCGCGAUCGGACUCGGCUACCAGGAUGUGCUCCCCCGCCUGCCCCCCACCAUCGACGUCGCCUGCCACAACUCGUCCACCAGCUGCACGCUCUCCGGCCCCGCGCAGGACGUGGAUUCAUUCGUCAGGAAGCUCAGCGACGAGGGCGUGUUCGCCCGGGCCGUCAAUGUGUCCGACAUCGCGUACCACUCUCGGUACAUCCAGCCCGCCGCACCGCACCUGCUGCAGCACCUCAAGGAGGUUAUCCCGGAGCCUAAGCCCCGUUCCCCCAGGUGGCUCACGACGUCGGUGCCCGUCGACAAGAGGGACAGCGAGCUGGCCAAGUUCUGCUCGGCCGAGUACCAGACCAACAACCUGCUGAGCCCCGUGCUGUUCGAAGAGGCGCUCCAGUUCAUCCCCACGCAGGCCGUCCUGAUCGAGGUGGCCCCUCACGGCCUGCUGCAGGCCAUCCUGAAGCGCGCGCUGCCCGACAAUGUCCACAUCCCCCUCACACAGCGCGGCCAUGCCGAUCCCCUGCGUCUCCUGCUGACCGCCAUCGGCAGGAUGUCCUUCGCAUCCGUUUCCCCCAAAGUGUCUGCCCUGUAUCCUGAUGUGGGCUUCCCUGUACCUCGAGGGACUCUAUCAUUGGCGCCUCUUGUGCUCUAUGCCAAUGAUGAAUCCACAAACAAUGACAUAAUGCACCUAACGGAUAAAUGGAGCCUGACGGUCAUAAAUUUGAACGUCUUGUACCACGUAAAAGUCAGCGGAUCACGUAUUUUCCCGCUAUCGGAAGAGCUGGUCCUGAUGUACGAGAGUGCUCUCGCAAGAAAAGCAGAAAAGGGUGAAAGUUUCCACGUAUCCUUCCAGGAUAUCCUUGUGAAACAGUGGAUGCCUGUCUCUCGUAACGAUGACAACUUCCUCGAGGCUCACUUCAUGACGGGCACGACGGAGACGCAGCUACUGUACGUCGACGAGAACGACAAGCCACACACCGCACUGCUGGGUCAGACCAAGGUCACGGUCUCCGGCAGUGAACAGCCGCCCGUCCUGCACGCCCGUGACCUGGAGGAGGACGCCAUCGAGCUCGCAGAGGACGAUGUGUACCAGGAACUGGCUGCCAGGGGCCUGGAGUACACCGAGAAGUACAAGACCAUCAAGUCUAUCCGCAUGGGCCAUCGAGACUGGUUGGUCAGCGUGGCACCCAACGGCUCGCUCUCCGCCACCAUCGAGGCCGUGCUGCAGGUGUACAUCUUGAAGGCCAUCGACGAGAGUCAGGAGUUGCGCCUGCCGCGUCGUUGA